CACUACAUGUGGGUGUAUAAAUAAUAACAUGCACACCAUGUAGUUCACUUCAUGUGGAAAAGGAAGUGCUGCAGGGAGAGCCUUUGAGAGAGAGAGAGAGAGAGAGAGUGUGUGAGAGAGAGAGAGGUUUAUAUGAUCACUGAGCAGCUCAGAGUUCAGCAGUUAAACUCAGACAGAAGUGUGUAACAGCUUUAACACUAACAGCAGCAGAAAUGAGAGAAAUAGUUCAUAUACAAGCUGGACAGUGUGGCAAUCAGAUCGGCACCAAGUUCUGGGAAGUCAUAAGUGAUGAACAUGGCAUCGAUCCAGCAGGCAACUAUGUGGGAGACUCGGCCCUUCAGCUGGAGAGAGUUAACGUGUACUACAAUGCGGCGAGCUCACAUAAGUUUGUCCCUCGAGCUGUACUGGUGGAUCUGGAGCCGGGGACGAUGGACAGUGUCCGAUCCGGGACAUUCGGGCAGCUCUUUAGACCAGAUAACUUCAUCUUUGGACAGACAGGUGCAGGGAACAACUGGGCGAAAGGGCACUACACAGAAGGAGCCGAGCUAGUGGACUCAGUGCUGGACGUAGUGAGGAAGGAGUGUGAGCACUGCGACUGCCUUCAGGGCUUUCAGCUCACCCACUCGCUGGGAGGUGGCACCGGUUCAGGCAUGGGCACGCUGCUCAUCAGCAAAAUCCGUGAAGAAUAUCCAGACCGCAUCAUGAACACCUUCAGUGUCAUGCCCUCACCCAAAGUGUCCGAUACAGUGGUGGAGCCUUAUAACGCCACGCUGUCUGUCCACCAGCUAGUGGAGAACACAGAUGAGACGUACUGCAUUGAUAACGAAGCACUUUACGACAUCUGUUUCCGCACACUCAAGCUCACAACGCCGACAUAUGGUGAUCUUAAUCACCUGGUUUCAGCCACCAUGAGUGGAGUCACCACUUCCCUGCGCUUCCCUGGUCAGCUGAACGCAGAUCUCCGCAAGCUGGCUGUAAACAUGGUUCCCUUCCCACGCCUGCACUUCUUCAUGCCCGGUUUUGCCCCACUGACCGCUAGGGGGAGUCAGCAGUACCGUGCCCUCACCGUGCCUGAAUUAACACAGCAGAUGUUCGACGCUAAAAACAUGAUGGCUGCAUGUGACCCGCGCCACGGCCGCUACCUGACCGUGGCCACCGUCUUCCGAGGCCCCAUGUCCAUGAAAGAAGUAGAUGAGCAAAUGCUCGCCAUCCAGAACAAAAACAGCAGCUACUUUGUUGAGUGGAUCCCCAACAACGUCAAAGUGGCUGUGUGUGACAUCCCACCCAGAGGACUCAAGAUGGCCUCUACUUUCAUUGGCAACAGCACGGCUAUCCAGGAGCUAUUCAAGCGUAUCUCUGAGCAGUUCUCUGCUAUGUUUAAACGAAAAGCCUUUCUGCACUGGUUCACUGGAGAAGGAAUGGACGAGAUGGAGUUUACAGAGGCUGAGAGCAACAUGAACGACCUGGUGUCCGAGUACCAGCAGUACCAAGAGGCCACAGCCAAUGAUGGCGAAGAUGCUUUCGAUGAGGAUGAGGAGGAAGUCAAUGAGUGAACACUGUAGGCUGAUACUCUCUUCACUGGUUGAUUGUGCACACAUAUAUUUAAUGUGAUGUGUUUUUUUUUUCUUAAGCUGUGAUUAACUUUUUUAUGUAAAAUCCUAGUCAAGACUAGGAAAAUAAACAUUACUGAAAGGUUGAA